CGGCACGCUGGUGGCCUCGAGACUGUAUGGGCCCGGGUCAGCUGGGCUAGCGGCGGCGCGCGGGUCCGCGGGAGGCGGCGGCGGCGGGUGAGGGCUCGGCCCGGGCGGGGAGGCCUCGGGGCCCGCCGGGCGCGGUCGCCCCGAGCCUGUCCUGCGCUGAGGGAACUUUGUGCUUCAAGUUGCCCCUUGCCGGGUGCGGGUCCUGGGUGCACGCCGACUCUCGGGGCGGCCGGAGCCGGGAUCCCCCUGGGGCUGCCCAGCCCGCGAGCCACAGCCGAGCUUCCAGCAUCAGAUUGUGUUUCUCUUGACACUUGUCACCUUUGUUUCCACCGUCCCCCUCCACGGUGGACCUCCCGUGAGCGGAGACGUCCAAGACUGCAGGGAAAUACUGGGGAGAAAAGUGCCCCCGGAGGAACAGAAAGAGUACCUCUACUUGCUGGCUUGUGAUGACUGACAUUUUCUCUGAGACGAUGGCCUGGACCAAAAUGAGAAGUACGUUUCCGUCGCCGAUCGCAAAGUAGCAAAGUAGUAGGCGACAGGCUGAGGACUGCCGGGCGAGCGAUGGAUCCCUGUGAAGAUCUGGAAGUGUCCGGUGGUAAAUCUCAGGACUCUAGGCGGAGGCAGCCUCAUGAACUUGAAGGACCACAGGCCAGCGGUCCUGAGGCGCUGGGGAAGGACUCUGCUGAGAUGUGGAGCCGGAAAUACCAGCUGCGGAGCAAAUACGUGCAGACCAGCAACAGUGAACCACAAGAUCAAAACAGAGUUUCCAAAGACCUUAUAACGGUUGUCCAAGAAAUGAAAAAAUACUUUCGGUCAGAGAGACAGAGUAAACCAAGCACCCUGGAUGCUCUCAACUAUGCCCUUCGCUGCGUACACAGCGUGCAAGCAAACAGUGAGUUUUUCCAGAUUCUCAAUCAGAAUGGAGCGCCUCAAGCAGACGUGACCACGUACAGUCUUGAGGAGCUGGCCACUAUUGCUUCAGAGCACACUUCCAAAAACACAGAUACCUUCGUGGCAGUUUUUUCAUUUCUGUCUGGAAGGUUAGUGCACGUUUCUGAACAGGCUCCUUCGAUCCUGCACUGUAAGAAAGAGUUCUUAGAGUCCUCUCAUUUUGUUGAACUGCUCGCCCCUCAAGACGUGAGGGCGUUCUACACACACACUGCCCACGCUCAGCUUCCUUUCUGGAACAACUGGACCCAAAGAGCAGCCUCAUGCUAUGAAUUCGCUCCGGUGAAAUCCUUUUUCUGCAGGAUCCGUGGAGGUGAAGCCCGGGAGCUGGGGCAGCCUCACUGCCCGUUCCGGAUUAUCCCCUAUUUGAUUCAUGUGCACAGCUCGGCCCGCCCAGAGCCUGAGCCCUGCUGUCUCACGCUGGUGGAGAAGAUUCAUUCUGGUUACGAAGCUCCUGGAAUCCCAGUGGAUAAAAGAAUUUUUACCACAACACACACCCCCGGGUGUGUUUUUCUUGAAAUAGAUGAAAGAGCAGUGCCUUUGCUGGGUUACCUACCUCAGGAUCUCAUUGGAACAUCCAUCCUGACAUACCUGCACCCGGAAGAUCGUUCUCUGAUGGUCGCCAUACACCAAAAAGUCUUGAAGUAUGCAGGCCAUCUUCCCUUUGAACAUUCACCCAUUAGAUUUUGUUCUCAAAAUGGGGAUUACAUUGUAUUGGAUUCCAGUUGGUCCAGCUUUGUGAACCCAUGGAGCCGGAAGGUUUCUUUCAUCACCGGUCGGCAUAAAGUGCGAACGAGUCCACUAAAUGAGAAUGUUUUUGCCACCGGAAUAAAAAAGAUGAACAGUAAUGACAAAGACAUAACAGAAUUACAAGAACAAAUUCACAGACUUCUCUUACAGCCCGUUCACGGGAGCGCAUCCAGUGGCUAUGGGAGCCUGGGGAGCAGCGGGUCUCAGGAGCAUCACCUCAGCAUCGCAUCCUCCAGUGAGUCCAGCGAGCGCUGCAUGGAGGAGGUGCAGAAGGCACCGUUGACUUUGCAGCAGGUCUAUGCCAGUGUAAACAAAAUCAAGAAUCUAGGCCAGCAGCUGUACAUCGAGUCAAGGGCCAAAUCACCAAAGAAGCAAGUGGUGGAGACCGGCCCGGGACAGCGUGGUGAUGAGCAGAAGGCCUUUUCUUCCUUCCAGACAUUAAAAAAUAAUAGCAUGUACACCGAGUCUUGUAAGGAUUUGAGAAGGUAUCAGCAUAGCCCAUCCUAUCAGCAAUUAAACUGUAUUGAUAGCGUUAUCAGGUACCUGAAGAGCUACACCAUUCCAGCUUUGAAGAGAAAGCGUAUCUCCUGUACAAAUACGACUUCCUCAUCCUUGGAAGAAGACGGACAGAGCCACAGAGCAGAUGAUGGCCAAGCACUGCAAGUUGCUCUUACAUCACCAGCUGUUUCUCAGAUCCCAGCCGUACCUACAUCAGAAAUGCCAGCUAAUGGACGGUCCACAGAUGCUGAAGGAGGAACUCCACAGGCCCUGACCGAGGAGGCUCUGAGCCUGGACGUGAGGCAGUGCAGCUACAGCAGCACCGUUGUUCACAUGCCACCACUGGAGUCAGAAUUGAGUCCAGCAGAGCUUGGCACCCUGCCCUGUGAGCCCUGGACCCUCAGCACACACCCAGCUCCACUGGCCUCACAACAGUUUAAACACAUAGGGCUCACAAAAGCUGUGCUGUCAGCCCACACGCAGAAGGAAGAACAGAGUUAUGGGGAUCAGUUCCGGGACAGGAUUCUGUCAUCGCCCUACGGCUCCUAUCUUCAGCAAGAAAGCAGAAGCAAAGCUACAUAUUCAGAUGUUCAAGGAGAUUCUGCUUCCAAGCCUACCCGAUCCGCUGGUUGCAGGAAGGGGAAGCACAAGCGUAAGAAGCUGCUCAUGUGGUCAGACAGCAAGGGCACUAAGGAUGACUUCUGUCCCCACCUCGUAGGAGAGGCCCAGGAUGGACAGCCCUGGUGCCCUUCCUCCACCUCCUCUCCUUAUGCCUCUGGCCCAUUGCUCCAGGCUGCAGUGGUGGUUCCCAGCCAGGCACCUUGCCUAGUCCAAGCCCUUCCCCUCCCAACCAUGACCUCCCUGGGGAGAGAACGUGCAGCCUCAGAAACUGUGUUGCAGAGUCUGCCUGAGCCGCCUUUCCCCAAUGGCUUGCAGUCUUUCCCAGCUCUGCCCUCUGCUUGCUUAGAUACUUUUAUGAACAUCUUCCUGCAUGACCCCCCUAUCUGUCCUCUCUUGUUACCACCAUUCUCCCCAUAUCCAUUCUUGGGAGCAGCAGGCUCUUCUGAAAUACCCGCCUCGGUAUCAGCAGUGCCUCCAAAUCCAGGCCCACCAUCUUCAGCCAUCAGCCAAAGGAGCGGUGAGGGAAAGUGGGGGACCCAGAAUGAAGGGCACCCCCUCAUUAACUCAAAGAGCAGCUCCCCGCUCCAGCUCGACCUGCUGCAGGAGGACAGGCCCAGAUCGUGUGCAUCCCCAGAAGCUGAGUAUCAGCCUGUCAGUCUCAACAGUGAGAAUAAGGACGAUCGUCUUCCUCCCAGUGGACUGUCUACAGUGCCCCUGCAUGAGGCUUCUCCGCCGGGAGCUGGUUCUGCAGCAGCAGGAAGCAGUGGCAGCAGUAUAAACUUUGCUACUAGUGAUUAUUCUUCUGAAAUCUUUCAAAAUGGGCAGCAAUCUCAGGAUGUACAGAAAAAAGAAACAUUUCCCAACUUAGCUGAAGGGUCCAUCUGGAGAAUGAUAGAACAAACACCUGAGUGCAUUCUGAUGACGUAUCAGGUGCCUGAGAGGGUUAAAGAAAUUGUACUGAAAGAAGACCUAGAACACCUGGAAAGCAUGAGGCGGCGGCAGCCGCAGUUUUCUCACGGACAAAGGGAGGAGCUGGCCAAUGUGCGUUCCUGGAUUCAGAGCCAGAUGAUCCCUCAGGAAAUAGACGUCCAGGGCUGUGUCACUUGUGAAAACAGAGACUCAGCUGGUGAUGCUGCAGAAUCCUGUGGUCCGGAUCCAGCAGAAGCAGCAAAUGUCUCUCAAUCCCUGCCAGAGGUCUGAUUGGCACUGCCUUCUUUUUGUCCUUAAAUAGGGGAAAACACUUCUUCCUUUCAAGUUUUAUAGUUUUUUAUAAAAUGCAUCCUGAUCACAAUUAUGAGAAUCACCCUUUCUAUCUGCAAUGCUGCUGGACUCUGAUUUUCAAGCCUCGUAGCUUAGAUUUACUUUCUAAAGUGGAACAGACAGCUCUCGAAUCUGCAGGGGAUUGGUUCCAGGACCCCCUCGCAGAUGCUAAACUCCAUGGAUGCUCAAGCCACUUCUAUAACACGGUGGUACAGUCAGCCCUCUGUACCCACGGAUCCACACCCAGGAUUCUACACCCCUCCCCGAUUCUCCCCACCAGGAAUACGGGGGGCCAACUCUAGCUUCCUAGAAGGUAAAUCUUUCUUCAGGUGUCAGAACCAUUUUCAAAUGAUGCCCAUGACACUUCCUGGAAUUUUCUCACUUUAAGCUGUUCCGUGCCCAUAUUCCUGUCUCGUGAAUAGAGAACUCUCCUAUUGUGCUCCAUCUCGAUUGUUAAAUGAUCUCUGAAGCCCUUGCUGUGUUGGUCCAGUUGUGUGGUGUUUUUGCCCUUGGUGAAAAAUCAAAUUUUAAAAAAUGAACCAGCCUGGAUAUUGUCCAUCAGUAGAAUCGCUGUGACCUUCUGUAGUGAUAACCUUUUUAAUUUGUUGAAAUCAAAAAUGACAUGGAGCAAUCAGAGGACUGUUCUGCGUUUGUGAACAUGUUUUUUAAACCUGACCUUCUCUAAUAUAAGCCCUCUUUUCGAUUCUUUCUGGACGUUUGUUUUAUCGACAUUUGCUUAUUUCUUUGCCUUACUACACGUUUAGGGGCAAUUUAAAAUUGGUGCUUGUUGUAAGCAGAUCUAUAAAACCAUUUGUAGUUUUGAUACUUUGAUAAGUCGCCGAAUUAUCAUGUUUGGAGUUUGGACCAUGAUGCUUCUACUGAGGAUGCGCAGACGAGGUUCAGCAGUGCGGCUGCCGCCCCCCAGGGGGGCUCCCCCCAAGUUUAAACAGUUCAAGUUUAUUAACUUUUUGUCUCGAUAACUAUAGAAAUUGGUAAUAAAAAUGUAUACUAUAGGCUUCAGUGUUUACAGAAAUGUUACCAAAAAGCUGUAGUUUCUUGGCUGAGAGGUCAGGAUUUAUGAACAGCAGAAUGCUGUGGGAACGGAAUCGUUUUACAAUUAAGUGCAACUUCAUCAUAACUCACAAGGUAAAUUUAAUCCAAAUAGAAAUUUUCUUUUAACUGAGUUUAUAAUUAACUGUGAAUUUACUUGUUUUUAAUGGUUAUUAAUAUUUUAAUCGGGUAUCUUUGUUAAGCAAAAACAAUAAACGGUAUACAUGUAAAACUUGAGAAAUUUCUUG